UAUUUGUAUGCUCUGUAUGAGAUAAAAAAACAAAAAUUUGUUCACUAGAUUGUGGAAGGUUCCUCUGAACCUGUUAACACCAACGGCACUGGGGCCAAUAAAGUCGAAGAACAGACGAUAGGUAUAGUGUUUAAUUUAAUUAAAGCAAGACAUGUGCGUACUAUCACAAUUAAACCAUAGUGUUCAUUUUUACAUAAAAAUAUGGGGAAACAGUAGAUAUUGAAUAUAAAUGUGAUCACAUAUGGUGUCACCAAUAAAAAAAUUGUGGUCUUCGUUUUGUCGUUACAAAAAUCAUUGAAUAAACACUUCACUAUAUAACUAGCUUCAGAGCAUACGUUGGUGGGGGUAUUGUUGCUCUCUCUCCUUAAUAACGGCAGAAUACGACAUACAACUAACGGCACCCAAACAUGUAGAAUCCCGAAGUACCAAAUCAGAAGACGGAAGAAGAAAGGAGAGUGAUUAUUGGGCAAGAACCAAAAAUGUACAGAAAAACAUGAGUAAUUAUAGUUAUUGGUAUUGGCUAUAACAUCAUUAUAAUUCAGUCAACCCGUGUGGAGGCAUGCUAUGCUCAUCUAUAGUAUGUCGCGUUGAUCUUCUAGAAAGUUCUACCAGGUCCUGAUUGGAUAGUCACUUCGGCUCUUUUAGAGCCUCUGGCGACUUCGUUCUUUUCAAAGCCGUCUUUACAAGUAUGCCCAACGAAGAAAAGAAUUAAUAAUUAAAUGGUAUCAAAUAAAUAUUUUCGUACAUAUAGAUACAGACAAAGAUGGGUUUUUGUGGAAAAGAUUUUAUGUUCGUUUGCAUAUUAAAGUAUGUUCGAAGUUUAACAACAUUAUUUCGGUGUAUAAUAAUAACAAUAAUAAUAAUAAUGACAAUGAAAUCAGUAUUAUAUCAAAAUAUUAUAUAUAAUGUGGACGAGUAGUAAUAAAGUCAACAAACACAACGAAGUCAAAUAUCGUUACACACUUAAUAAUGAAUGACAUGCGAAUCUUACAUACACUUAGGGAUUAUACAGCAAGUAUAUUGGUAGCAUUAGUACACAAGAAUAGAUGUUUCGGAAAAAAUAUUUCUCAUUAAGAACUAUUCUAGUACAGGGUUAAUUGCCCGCGCCACAGAAAAGAAAAAGGAUUAAGUGACGAAUCCGGUAUAGCGUACUGAGAUAUGUCCCUGUCUCUCUGUACGAGUGGCUUUUAGACUGGUCCAAGUGGUAAAAGUAUGAACUAAAUUUAUGUGGGUUGUAGAAUCGGCAUCAUAAAUUGUAAAAAGCGUUCAUUUCGCAAAAGUAUUAUGAUUGUAAAAAUAAUAUUAUCUCAUGGUCUAAGGGAAAACAAAGAUUGUAUACACCUAUGCCAUCGUAAUCGAUUCUGAGUCAUGUCAUCCAGAGUCCCCAACCACUGGUUACGAUAGAAGGAGGGAAAUGAAUUUCAAACAUCCUGGCAUUGUUGCUCAGUGAUACCAAGAGACUCUGAAUUUUAUCGUCGUCCUCACCAAACACGACUAUAUCAUCAUCGAACCUUCUGGCAAGAGGUCAGUUCCCGAAAGUCCAGACGAGGGCUUUAUUUCCAGCAGUAUAUCUAUGAUGAAAGCUGCAAAAAAUACAUUUUUCCCAUCGGGCGAUAAAAUGAACUCUUUGGUUUUCAUAUUUAACGCAUCUGUUAAAGGUUAUAGAAUGGUCGAACAGGGUGCAGUGAACCGAAGAUAAAAAUUGAUCAUCCAUAAAAACGACGAAGUUUAUUCAACGAAUAGGUAUCUGAGAUAUUUUUGAUGUUUACAAUUUGUAACUGUAAAUAAAUCCACGCAACACCGUUCGCAUAUACAUCAAACGUCACAUCAACCUGGGGAAUGCCACGAGCAGCAGGUGUUCACAGUGCUAGAACAAAUUUGUACUCUCAAUUUCAUAUUCUAAGUUGAAAAAUAACGGUUUUGGAUAUCUUCAAGAUUUUUUUAUCAUCGGGAACACAAAAGAACCAAGAAAAUAAAGACAAUCGGACUAAACGGAUUAAAGUUUCCUAUAUCGAAGCCUGGUUCUGCUACUCAGAAGCUGACUUCCAUGAGCGCGGCUUUGUAAACCCAUGUGCACAGUUUCUAGUCGCAGUGAAGGCACGACUGCGCGAUUCCAACAGGCACGUCACACCCAGUAUGUUUGCUAGUGAUGUUUCGAAACCAUACUAAACUUUUCAAAAAAUACUCUUGAGCGUGGAGAUCUCACCGACCAACAAACGUUGAAUCAACUCUACAACAACAUUGAGCUAGAACAUGGCUCAGCAACAGAAAUGAUGUUACAAAUGCGAGAGGUCAUUGGUCGACGGACAUUUGAUGAGGGCCUGUUUAGAAAGCUUUUCUUGCCUGAGCUUCCCCAACUGGUGAAGGCAGCACUCACCAAUGCUGUAAACAUCAAAUCAGAACCGACUACGUGGGUGUUCUCGAUGUGUCUGCCUCUGAAAAGCAAAGUGGCGGCAAUUCUGUAUUACCUAGAACCGACCGCGAACAGAUAGAUACGUGUGUUUAACGGCCUGGUGAGAUUUUAUAGAAGGUUCAUAUUGGAUUGCGUGUACCUUAUGAAACCCUUGAUCGAUCAACUUCGCGGAAAUGCGAAAUCCAUUAAUUUGGACGAUAGCGUGAAAAAAAGCACUCGUCACAAUUAAGGAACUUAUCGCUAAAGCAACAUUACUCGCACACCAGGACACCGAAGUACACAAUAAUAUAGCAGUAGAAGAAUUCGACUCAGCAAUCGGAGGAGUCUUACAACAAUGGUAAACAACAACUGGCAACCUUUGGCAUUCUUCUCGGGUUGGUUGCAAGGCACCGAAUCAAGGUAUAUCAUUUUUGGUGGGGAACUCCUAGCCGUGUAUUGUGCUGUGUGGCACUUUCAGCACCAUGGAGUGCCAAGAAUGAUCAACAGUUGGAUAGAACUAUAAAGGAAGUCCCUGGACAAAGUGGGUUGGAGAAUACUGGUCGGCGGCCUAUGCUCCAUUGGAAGUAAAUAAGUAAGCAGCUAUAAAUUGAGACGUGAGUGGACACGCUCCUGUGUAAGCUGCAAGAAAUCUAAAGUGAUUAGACACAACAAAUGUCUCUUAAGCUUAUUCAAAACUCUCGACUCUCGUUUCGACCAUGUUCACUGGAUUUGGUAAUAACCUAACAAGGUCCAAAUAGACACUCGCCCCAAAAUGCCUUGGUAUAGCCAAGAGCGAGGUGGACCCGCCAUCCAUUUCGAAAUGCUGUCAGACGACCAUGAGUACACAGCAUCUGCCAGGGAAGUCCUACUCACUGCUUUCUCGUGUCGAUGAUGCUGUUUACGAAAAUGAGAAGAGGAAAAGCGAAUGUUCGUCACUUUAACCGGAUCCCAAUCCAAUGCAGCACAAGGGCUCCGGUAUCCGAAGGAAACAAGUGGCGUAUGAACCAAUUAUUCGUCACCAGCGAAUAUGGGACUGCAUCUAAUAGUAGCGGUAAAUAAAUCCCCAAAAUAAAUAGCUCUGUAAGUUUUCGACAUUGGAUGCUGACCAGAUUAGUUUUAGUAGACUCACCUAGCUGAAGGCGCUCGGUCAUGCAUCCGCACCAGAUCACGUGUGAGAACGCCAUGCUCAACAUCUACUGCAAUCGCUAGCCAGACUAGAUCAGACAAUUCCGAUAUAUUGGCAAUCGUCAAAUACAACUUCUGAUCUCCUCGAUUCUGUCUUUUGAUUUCUCUUGGUGGGUACCAGUUAUAAUAGAAGGUGUUACUGGUAAAAGCGUUGUCAAACACUGAAUACCUGUGCCAUCUUCAUUGGUGAGCCCGACGUGAUCUGGCACACCAAAUCGUAAACUGUGAGUCUGUCCCAUUUUGGGAUUCUAUAUAUCAUUGGUUUAUUUUAAUUUUUUAUACAUUGUGAUAUUUUUUUCCCGCGUUUUUGGAUAUCUAUAUAUUUUCCACUCGUGUAUCCUCGUACUUAAUUUUCCCCUAUGACUGAACAGACCCCCAAAGUAUUUAAGAUUAAGACUAUGUCCCCACCCUCGUUCCAACUCACGCCCUUCUGACCCGACAAUAUCGAAGCCUGGUUCUGCUACGCAGAAGCCGACUCCCACGAGCACGGCGUGAACGACACACGUGCACAGUUCCUCGCAGUGGUCAAGGCACUACCGCGAGAAUUCAACAGGUACGUAACACCUAGUAUGUUUACUAGUGAUGUUUCUGAACCGUACGAAACCUUAAAGCGUUCCAUUCUUAAACGAGGAGACCUAACCGAUCGACAAAGGUUAGACCAACUCUUUAAUAACAUAGACCUGCAACACAGUUCUGCGACGGACAUGUUGCAAAGGAUGAGAGAGGUUAUAGGCCUAAGAACUUUCGACGAAUGCCUAUUCAAACAACUUUUCUUGUCUAAACUUCCCCAACAGGUGCAAGCAGUCCUGGUCUCGUUUCAGAACAACGCCUUAGACGAGCUGGGUACAUCUGCCAAUCGUAUCUUAGAAAUUACGAAAUCUUCUACUACCGAGGUUUUUUCAGUCAAAGAAAAGCCUCAAACGACUCAGAAUGACAUAACCGAGUUAUGUCAUACACUUACGCGUUAUCUUAGCUUUCGUAACGACCGUAAGCGAUCACACACCCCACGUAGAAGCACUUCACGUAAGCGAUCUGUCUCUAGACCACGAGAGACGGAUAACCCCGACUGGUGCUGGUAUCAUAACCAGUAUGAAAAGUCUUCCAGAAAUUGCAGAAAACCCUGCAAUUUUCCCAACUCAAAACCGAUUGACUCGAAAAACAACUCGGGAAACUUCCAAGCCGGCACGCGUUAACGGCAACCGUAGCCGGCGAACAUAGCCGUCUGUUAUACGUCACAGAUGUGACAACGAGAGUUCGCUACCUCGUCGACACUGGCGCAGAAGUUAGCGUUCUCCCAGCGAAUCCCAACGACCGACUUCACGAAUCGGCUUUAAACUUACAGGCGGCAAACGGAAAACCUAUCGCUACGUAAUGGCAAAAGGUACGUUUACCUUAACGUGGGUUUACGCGAACCCAUUCACUGGAUCUUCGUUGUUGCAGAUGUUUCUAUGCCAAUCAUUGGUAUGGACCUUCUACAACACCAUAAUCUGAUCAUCGAUACGCGCAAACGGAGGCUAGUAGACGGAAACACUAAUUUAUCCGUUUGCGUAACUUCCUUCUCUGGUUGCAGAUUAUCCCCAGUCACAAUUAAGCAUAUGAUAGACCCACUUUAUCAGCCACUUCUCGAUAAGUAUCCUGGGAUACAACAAACGCAACCGAGAUUACCGUGUGUAACCAGCAAUGUUACACAUCACAUCACGACUACAGGACCACCUGUAUUCUCUAAAGCACGACGAAUAGCCCCUGAAAAGCUAAGGUUGGCGAAAAACGAGUUCGAUCACAUGAUAGACUUAGGAAUCAUACGACCGUCAAAUAGCCCAUAUGCAUCUCCGUUGCACAUGGUCCCUAAAAAGGACAGCAACGAUUGGCGUCCAACUGGUGACUAUCGGCGAUUGAACGCGAAAACCAUUCCCGAUCGUUACCCGUUGCCUCACAUUCACGAUUUGACAGCUACCUUAAAAGGUACAACUGUAUUUUCGAAAAUCGACUUGGUUAAAGCUUAUAACCAAAUCCCCAUGGCCACAGACGACAUACCGAAAACCGCCAUCAUUACUCCCUUCGGCUCUAUGAAUUUUUGCGAAUGCCUUUCGGUCUAAGGAAUGCUGCUCAAACAUUCCAAAGAUUCAUAGACGACGUUUUUCGAGGUCUCAACUUCGCACAUGCGUAUGUUGAUGACUGCUUAAUAGCAAGUCUGGACAGAGAAUCACAUCUCAAGCAUCUGGAUCUUGUUUUCGACCGACUACAAAAACAUGGCAUUACUGUAAACGUUCAGAAAUGCCAAAUCGGAGCUGACUCAUUAGACUUCCUAGGACACACUAUAGAUGCUCAAGGCAUUCGACCCCUUAGGACCAAAGUGGCGGCAAUUCUGGAUUGCCCAAAACCGACCACGAUCAAGCAACUACGAACGUUUAACGGCCUUGUAAGUUUCUAUAGACGAUUCAUACCGAAAUGUGAGUUACUCAUGAAACCUCUUACCGACCAACUUUGUGGAAAUGCGAAAUCCACUAAUUUAGACGAGACUGCACAAAAAGCAUCCUCCACAAUUAAGGAACUUAUCUAUCGCUAAAGCAACAAUGCUUGCACAUCAGGACACUAAAGCACCCAUUAGUAUCGCAGUAGACGCAUCCGACUCAGCAAUCGGAGGGGUCUUACAACAAUGGGUUAACAACUCCUGGCAACCUUUGGCGUUUUUCUCUAGACGGUUGCUAGACACCGAAUCGAGGUACAGCACAUUCGGUAGGGAACUCCUAGCUAUGUAUUGUGCUGUACGGCAUUUUCAACAUUAUAUCGAAAACCGUGAAUUCACCCUUUUCACUGACCAUAAACCUCUUACUUUCUCCUUAAGCUCCUCUUCAGACAAGUACUCACCUCGUGAGUCUCGACAACUGGGCUACAUUUCGCAGUUUACUUCAGAUAUUCAACACAUUUCUGGAGCAAACAAUGUAGUCGCAGCCGCUUUGUCUCGCAUAACUUUCUUGAACAGUUUCCAAGGAAUCGACCUUCUUAAACUCGCCCAACUUCAAAAAGAAGACACUGAUCUUCAGCACGAGUUAUCGUCUACUGAUAAGUCUUAUCGAUUGAACGCUAUAUUAGUUUCCUAAGCUAUUCUGGUACCCCGAAAGCUAG